AGGUAGGCACAGGUGUGAACCGAGGUGGGAUUUGGUUAUUUCAAGGCAUCCAGGACAUACAAUUAAAUCUCACACAGUGCACAUGAAGAACUAGUAUACUUGUUUAUUCAGGACUUCGACAGCAUCAAACUUAUAUAAGAUGGCGACGUCGCGGGCUGAGAAAGUGACGGAAUUCCUCACCUGUGUGAUCUGCCAGGAACUGUACACAGACCCCUGUACACUGAGGUGUGAUCACACAUUCUGCAGAAAAUGUGUCACUAAAUACAUCCAAACCAGACCAGAUGCUGCACAGUCCAAGACGAUCCCCUGUGCCUUCUGUCGACAAGAUACCAAGGUCCCCCAUCCCAGACGGCCUGUUGAGGAGUGGGCGGGGCAGAUCAAACCCAGCAUCAUUAUACAGGGGUUGAUUGACACACAAGCUGACGUUGUCAAAACAGGUUCCGCUUCAUGUUGCUCAGUGUGUGAGAAGUUAGGGGAGACAAUUCCGGGAGCCUCAUGGUGUUCUGAGUGUCAAGUGUCCCUCUGCGAGAGAUGUGUCAAGAUGCAUGUUGCAAAUCCAGCAUCACAUGACCAUGAGAUCUGUGACCUUUCAGGGGAGGUCAAGGUGAAAAGGAGACGCAAGGUCGUUUGCAGGGAACACAAGGAUGAGGUUAUAAAGCUUGUAUGUAAAGACUGCCACAAAGCUGUGUGUCAGACAUGUUGUGUUGUAUACCAUAGGAAAUGUGAGUCUGUCGUUACCAUUCAGUCAAUGUUGCCAAACCUGAAAUACCAUUUAAGAAAGCAUGCUAAACAGUUAUCAAAGAAAAUACAUAGAAAAGAAACAAUUGUUAAGAACACAGACGAGAAAAUUAGCGGAAUUGCGAAAAACAAAAUAGCAGUAGAAAAUCAUAUUAAAUCUGAUGUUGAGAGAGCCAUAGCCAACAUCAAGCAGAAAGGAAAACAACUGAUGAAUGAAGUCAGGGAUAUGACAGACAAACAAACUAAGCAACUUAAAGCCGAUGUUAAACUUGAAGAGAUUGAGAUGCAGAUGUACAGACAACAUUGUGAGUUCAUUGACCAGGGCUUGGAAUCGGACUGUGAGAUGGACCUGUAUGGCGCGUAUCAGGCCUGGGAAUCGGGGUCUGUAGAGUUGGGGGACGUCAGGGACACAGACACAGCAGACACACGGAGAAUAGAUGAAAUCAGGUUCACACCUGACACUGACAACGUCCAGCACAUCCUAGAUGACCUACAGCUGGGGAAGAUUGACGUCACAUACCAGGAUCAGGGCACAUGUCUGCCGUCUCAAGUGCGAGUUGACGUGAUAGAUGGGAGGAUGGCGGGUGAUAAGGGUGAGCCUGUAUUUCGUGACGUCACAGUUCUGGUUGUUGAUGGUAUACAGACAGUUGUAGUCACUGACUUCAAUAACAAGUGUGUGAAAUCCUUCUACACCAGAAACAACUUGACAUGCCACAGUAAACUUCCCCUGGAUGGCUCUCCCCAUGGUGUAACACGGUUGAAGGAGAACCAGGUGAUGGUUGCUGUCCCUGACUCCAGUCAGAUUGUAACAGUAGAAGUGACCCCUGACCUGGUGCUGCUCUCUAUCAUCACAACAAGCAAGAGGUACGUCAGUCUUGCUGUUUUGAGUCCUUCAUCUCUAGCAGCAGGUACCUUUUACUGUUUUGAUAUCCUGGACAUGGCGGGACACGUGCUGAGGUCAGUUACUACACACAACAAUGAGACACUGUUUGCCUACCCCGCCUAUAUGUGUGUCAACAACAAGGGCAACAUACUCGUGUCUGACUUGGAGACUAGGUCUGUGACAUGUGUGACGUCAGAGGGGGAUGUUGUGUGGAGAUACGCCCCUACCGGAGACAGAGCACUCAUUCCUUAUGGUAUUACAACUACUCCAACAGGAGACAUCCUGGUUGCAGGCACCAGUGAGGUUACAAGGCUGACAGAGACAGGGGAUUAUGUCACAGAUCAUCAGGUCAGUGGCUGUGAUCCAUGGGGAUUGUAUGUCGAUAGACAUGACACACUGUAUGUUUGUGGUGGACGUCGGAUACAGGAAGUCAACUUCAUGUAGUCACAUCAACAAUUGCAUGAUUUCAAUCAUCACUAUUACUGGUGUUAAAUUCACUAUAACAACUCAAAAUAGACUCUUCCGAUUGGGGUGUGAAUGAUCAUACAAAGGUGUAUCAACAGACAUUAUUUCCACAUCAUUACACAUCACAUUAUGUGUUUAGCAACCUGGUUCUCUUUAUUAAAUC